AUGGACGGCGGCGCUACCAACAGCGGCGGCGGCGGGUGCGGUAGCGGCGGCGGCGGAGGUGGCGGCGGCGGCGGCGGUGCGGGGGAGUUGCGGAAAGGGCCGUGGACGGCGGAGGAGGAUGAUUUGCUGGUGAAGGCUGCAGCGGUGUGGGAAGAGCUGCUGGCUGCGCUGGGCCAACUACCCGCGGCUGGACCUUCCCUUCCCUCCCCUUCCCUUCCCUUCCCUCCCCUUCCCUUCCCUUCCCUCCCCUUCCCUUCCCUUCCCUUCCCUUCCCUUCCCUUCCUCCACAUCCCUUCUCCUAGUCUCAAAGGCUGCAGCGGUGUGGCAAGAGCUGUCGCCUGCCAGUGGGCCAACCAACUACCUGCGGCCAUAUCUUUCUUCCACAUGCUCCGUUCUCUUCCUCCUGAAGACCGAUCCCCCCCUCCCUGUCCCUCCCCCACCCCACCAGGGCUGCAGCGGUGUGGCAAGAGCUGUCGCCUGCGGUGGGCCAACUACCUGCGCCCGGACCUGAAGCGAGGCACGUUCACGUGCGAGGAGGAGGACCUCAUUGUGGCGCUGCACAAGAGCAUGGGCAACAGGUGCGGGGUGGGGGAGGGAUGGGGCAACAGGUGCGGUGGGGGGAAGGAUGGGGCAACAGGUGCGGUGGGGGGAAGGAUGGGGCAACAGGUGCGGUGGGGGGAAGGAUGGGGCAACAGGUGCGCGUGGGGGGAAGGAUGGGGCAACAGGUGCGGUGGGGGGAAGGAUGGGGCAACAGGUGCGGUGGGGGGAAGGAUGGGGCAACAGGUGCGGUGGGGGGAAGGAUGGGGCAACAGGUGCGGUGGGGGGAAGGAUGGGGCAACAGGUGCGCGUGGGGGGAAGGAUGGGGCAACAGGUGCGGUGGGGGGAAGGAUGGGGCAACAGGUGCGGUGGGGGGAAGGAUGGGGCAACAGGUGGGCGAAGAUAGCACUGGAGCUGCCAGGGCGCACGGACAACGACAUAAAGAACCACUGGAACACGCGCAUCAAGAAGAAGCUAAGGGAGGAGGGGCUCGACCCCGACACGCACCUCCCCCUCUCCUCCCUCCCGCCAGAUCACGUGCCCAGCAAGCCGCACAAGAGGGGCCCUCCCCCAGGUAGCGCCUCCACCCGCCCUCACAAGGGCGUCAAGAAGGCCCCCUUUCCCCUCGCUCCCACUGCUGCCGCUGCAACCACCGCUCACGCAACUCUAACUGCUGCGCUUCCCGGUCUUCAGAACACUGCUGUGGCUGCUGCUCUUCUUGACCACGCUGCUUCUGCUGCGGCCGCCGCAUGCCUUUCGCCUCCCGAUCCUUUCGCUGGUGCUGCUUCCUCCGCUGCUGUUGAUGGUGGUGGUGGUGUUGCUGCAUCACUCCUUCCCCUGCCUCCUGCUGCUGUACAUGCUACCGCUCCCCCUCCUCCCCCCGCAGCCAACCCCACAGCCACCACAGCAGGUCCAUCCACCUCUGCUUCUGCCUCUAUCUCCACCACCUCUGCCUCCUCCUCCCUCACUCUUCCCUCCUCUCUCCCCUCCUCUCUCCCCUCCUCUCUCCCACUCUCUCUCCCCACACACGCGCCCAGCCACGCUUCGGCCCUCCAUCUUCCAGCCUUCGCUGCCGCGUCUGCUGGUGGGAAUGUUUCAGGAGGCCAGUAUAGGUCGGACGUGGAGCGGAUGGGUGUGGAGGAAGGGGGGGGAGGAGGAGGGGAGCAUUGUUUUCCCCAAGGGCAAAUGGUCAAGUGCGAAGGGUUGGGAGGGGAGGGGGAGGGAAGGGAAGGGGAGGGUGUGAUGGGAAGAGGGGCGAGGGGAAGAACGGGUGGAGAAGGAGAGAGUGGGGAGGGUGAAAUGGGGGAGGGCGGUGUGGGAGGGUGGGGAGAGGGAAGAGAUGAGGGAGGAGGAGGAAGAGGAGGAGGAGGGAGGAGAGGGAGAGAGAAGGGGAAAGGAUCAGCAGCAUUGGAGAGCUUGGAGCAAGCAGCUAAGGGGCUUGAGAGCCUUCUGAGUGGCAAGACAGAGGGGGACCUGCAGGAGCUGCUGCAGCAGCUGCAACAGCUGAAGCAGCAACAGGAGGAGGAGCAGUCACACAAGGGAACGCAGCAGCAGCAGCAGCAGCAGCAGCAGCAGCAGCAGCAGCAGCAGCAGCAGCAGCAGCAGCAGCAGCAGCAGCAGCAGCAGCAGCAGCAGCAGCAGCAGCAGCAGCAGCAGCAGCAGCAGCAGCAGCAGCAGCAGCAGCAGCAGCAGCAGCAGCAGCAGCAGCAGCAGCAGCAGCAGCAGCAGCAUCAGCAGCACCAACAGCAGCAGCAACAGCAGCAGCUACAGUCGCACCUACGUGCCGGAUCCCCCAGCAGCUCUACCAAAAGAAAACCUCCGGGAAGUGAUGUGGGCAGCACGAGCACUCACGGGCAGCAGUUGCAACGGCUCAAGACGUCGUAUGGUGCCGUGGGUGGUGGUGGUGGUGGUUGUGGUGGUGGUAACAGGGACGGAUGGGCCAAGGUUGAGGAGCAGGGGGCGGCGGAGGGGCAGGGGGCAGUGGCAAGCGCAGCACUGGCACUACUAGGUGGGAAUGGCGUGUGGAGGAGUGAGAAGAGGGGCGGGCAGCGAGGCAGAGGGGGGUCGCAUGGGGUGAAGGGCGAGGAGGGAAUUGCAACGGGGGGUUGGAUGAGGGAGGAAAGUGGAAGGGGGAUUGGGAGAGGAGAGCGCGGGGGGUUCGAAGGGAGGGCAGAGAGGGGGGAGGGUGAGGGUGAGUUGAAGGGUGAGGGGGUAUAUGGUGGUGGCGGGAGGGAGGAAGACCGUGGUGCUAGUAAUGCUGCUGCUGCGUCUGCUGUUGCUGGUCAUACUGGAGGGGCUGCAAGGGGUAACUCUAGAGGAAUGCAGCUAGUAGCCGCAGCAGCAGCAGCCGACGCAACAGCUGACGCAGCAGCAGCAGCAGCAGCAGGAGGAGGAGAAGGGGCAGGAGGAGAAGCCGAAGCAGGAGGGGCAGCAGCAGAGAGUGGUGGGGGAGCAGCAGCAGCAGCAGCAGAGGUGUCUCCUACGAGCGUCAUCAGGCAGCUACUGCGCGCUGCUAGACAGUCCGGCCGUGCUGCUGCUGCCCCCACCGCCCCUCCCCUUGACCCCUCUGCUGCUCUCGCUGCCUCCCUGGCCAACCACCACCAAGCAACAGCACCCGCUCUACCUCAACACCCGCACCACCAGCACCAUCCCCAUCACCACCACCACCACCACCACCAGCAGCAGCAUCACCAGCAUCAUCAGCAUCUACCCCACGCCUCCCCUCCCCCGCCACCGGCAGCAGCGGCUGCAGCAGCGGCAGCGGCGGCAGCAGCAGCGGUGGCAGCGUCGGCAGGGUGCUCUGGGGGAUCCCCAGCGCCGGGAUUGAUCUCUGGGCUGUCGCUGGAGCACCUGCAGCGCGUGGCGUCUCUGCUCGCUACCUCCAACUCCAACCACCUGCCUCGCCCUGUGGGUGCGGCAGUUCCGGGGGUAACGGGAACGGGAAUGGAGGCUGGCGCUGGUGCUGGUGGGGGUAGCGCUGCUGCUAUGGCUGCUGCUGCAGCGGCGGGAGCUGCUGCUGCUGCCGCUGCUGCUGCGGCUGCUGCUGCUGCUGGAGGGACGUGUGGACCGAUCGGGUCAUCUGCGUUUCUCCACCCUUACCCGUACACGCACUCGCUGCCUCAUCCCUACCCGCACUCUCUCUCGCAAUCAAUCCCUCGUCCGUACACGCACCCGCACUCGCACCCAAACGCACUUGCACAGGCUUUGGUGCAUUCCCUUCCUAGUCACCCCUCCUCAGGGCAGGUGCGUGGGGCGUGGGGGCGUGGAGAAGGGGCGGAGGGAGGAGAGGAAGAAGAAGAGGAGGGGAAGGCAUUGCAGCAGGAGCAGUGCAAACAAGCGAGGGGCAAUGGUAUGGGAAGAAGGCAUAGAGAAUCAGAACACCAGGAGGGUGCUGUUGGUGAAGAGGAGAACGACAAUCCAGGCAGGAGAAGGGGUUUUGCGUCGCAGGAACAACGGCAGAGUCAGGGUGCAGGGGAAGGAGAUGAAGAGAGGGUGGUGGAGGGAAGGGCACAGACAGGGGCAGGGGUAGGGAUAGGUGGAGAUAGGGAAGAUAAUAGAGUUGAAAACAGGAUUGGAGGUUGGACUACUGCGUGUUCAGUGGUCUGUCGGUCUGGUAUGCUCUUACCCUCCCUCAACUCAUCCCCACCCUUCACCCCAUCCUCCUCCUCUCUCUUCACCCUCCCUAUCCACAUUCCCUUCAACUCACUCCCCGUUUCUCCCAACACUCUCCCCCCCGUCAUCUCCCUCCCUCCCAUCCCCACUCCUCACCCAUCCCUCACUCAUCCCAUCCCACCAGUCCAUGGGGCAGCGACGGCCUGUUCUAGUCCAUGGGGCAGCGACGGCCAGUUCUGGGACAUGGCCUCAGAAACAACGGAGAUGGAGGGGGUGGUGCUCCCCAGCCCGCACAUCAUCCCACCCACGCCCUUGAGUGCAGCCUUCCCCAAGCCGCACAGUGCGGGCGCGGCCGUGCGGGAGCUCACGGCGUUUGACAAGCCCUUGGUGUCCCCUGCCGUGCCCUUCUUUUCACGGACUCGGUCGUUUAUGAAGAUGGUAAGGAGUAUUGCGGAGGAGGAAGGGGCGGAAGGGCAGGAGGGGGUAGAGGGGACGGAGGGGCAGGGAGGGCAAGAGGGGCUGGAGGGGCGAGAGCAGCAGGAGGGGCAGGAGGGUCAGGAGCGGGCGGAGGGGCAGGAGGAGGAUGUGGAAGGGCGUGGUGGGAAUGGUGGUGGUGUUGGCGAGGGUGCGGGUGAUGGUGGUGGCAGUGGAAGAGACGCUUCUGGUGGUGAGAAAAACGGUGGUGCUGCUGGUGGUGGUGGUGGUUGUACGGGGAGUGGUAAUGAUGAUGGGGAUGGUGCUGGUGGUUUGAGGGGAGGGAGUGCCAGCGGUAGUGGUGCCGCGGAUGCUGCAGUGGGUGAAGGAGGAGGAGGAAGAGGAGGAGCAGGAGGAGGGGAGGAGGGGGGGAGACUCCAUCUCUUCCCCCCUCCCUUCUCUCACGCUCUACCCCUCCUCCCCCUCACACGCUCCCAUCUCCUCCAUCUCUCGCAGGCGGACCCGUCAACGAGUAUGGUGUCCCCUCUGCCGCUCAGCUACUCGCGCUCUAGUGCCACGCCACGCACCAUCCCACCACGCCCCUGGCUCUCCCUCGACAUCCAAGACACCGCUGACGACGCUCGCUGA